GACAUAUGGUUACUAGUACCACUCCACUGGUACACGUACCACUCCACUGGUACACGUACCACUCCACUGGUACAUGUACCAGUCUAUUGGUGCGUUUCCUUUGCCGCCUAGUGGUACCACCCUCACCUUCAGAUUCUGUGGCCGCUUUCACCACUGUUCACCACUGUUCAAACUCUCCACUUUCACUCCACUGGUACACGUAUCACUCCAUUGGUACAUGUACCACUCCACUGGUACACGUACCACUCCACUAGUAUCACUCCACUGGUACACGUACCACUCCACUGGUACAUGUACCAGUCCAUUGGUGCAUUUCCUCUGCCGCCUAGUGGUACCACCCUCACCUUCAGAUUCUGUCGCCGCCACUUAGGGUUGAUCGAAUCUCUACCGUGGAAGGACGGUGGUCAACAGGAAAAGAUCAAGCGCAUGCCGUGGAUAAGAGGAAGUCGUUGGAAGGUGAUGUUUGGGAUGGAAGACGGAGGACGGCAGACGGCCGACGACAUGGAUGGUUGGACCUGUUGUAAGGGCGGCGGGGAUAUCCCCUGCGCGUCUUCCUCCUCCGACGAGCAACCCACCAGGCGGGUCGGAGGCAAUCCCACUGCGACGCUGCCCGAUGUUUCCGAUCGCCGUCGAGUUUUGCAGAGUAGAGAGUCGGAUUGCUAUUUGGAGAAAAUACGGAGAAUAUUGGACUUGGAAGAGCAAUCGACGCUUUCCCCAUCCAACAAGAUUGCUCCUUCCCAAUUAGUUUUUAAUUAUUAUUGAGAACUUUCCCAAAUUACAAGAUUAUGAAAAAAAUACAAAAAACAACUGUAAUUAAUAAUUGUCAAAUGAUUGAGAAAAAAACUGACCAAUGAGAAAGGGGGUGUCAAAAAUUAGACCCCUUUGGGGGUAGUCAUGCUAACCGAUCCUUGGAUUGUUGUCACAAUUAAUGUCAUCACAAACAGCUAACAUUUAUAAGCCAUGUCCUACGUUACAAAGCCUUUUUUUUACAAUUGUCAUUGGUAAUAUCUAUUAUUUCCGACGACUUGGUGGCUCGUCCAUAAUAUGAUCUUUACUGACAAAGUUAUCGAUGACACUAUCUAUUCGUCACAAAUAUUUUAUUUUACGAGGUGCUCACCGUCAAUAAUACACUCUCUUUUUUCAA